CCCAACAACAACACUUUACAGUCUUUACCCAAAAUCUUUGCAGAUAAUUAAUUAUUAGUUACUUGUCAACCUUAACAAAAGCGGAUAUUUAUGAACGAUUGACUGUUUUUCGUUCAUUUUUACUUACAGUGAGAUACGUUCAAGUAUUGGAAUGGAUCUGCCAUCAUGAUAGUACAUAGUACUACAUACCUAUUACCUGUAAUAAGCUUUUAGCUUUCAACUUUCUUAUGAUGACACCUUUUGCAGCUCGGUGGCGAUGUGUUGUGCAUCGUUACAGUGAUCUGCGUGGGUUUUGGAUUUGUUGUGCAAUCUUUGAAUACAAGCACUUGUAUUGCAAGUUGCCAUAUUGAAACUGUACCUUUAGUUGGAAGGCCGUUUUCGGCCCGGAGGAGAAAGCAAUCUGCAAUGGCCGUAGCCUACGCGCCAUGGCAUAGAGAACAACUUGGAAGUCCAGAUCAGUUGGAUUGUCUCCUGCCAAAUGGAAUAUACCUCUCCCUGGCCGUCGAGCGCCAUACGACACUGGCGCACUUGAAAACACAGCUGUGGAAAGAAGCUCAGAGAAGUCCACUACAUUAUCUCUUAGAUGAAUUCACGGAUUACAUAUUUGUGGGCAUCACCACCGAUGCGCCUUUCCGUCAGGAGUUUUUCGAUGAAUCUCGUCAGUUGACUGAUUUGAGAUUAUUCUUGCCUGCACUGCAGUUAAAGGAAGUCGAAGGGAAUCGCGAAGAGAAAAAAGCCAGCAACGAAAUCGGUGAAGUUUGUGGGAUAAAUAUAGCAGAUUUCAAUGCAUGGAACGAGCAGGAAGCCGUGGAGUAUCGGCGAACACUUCUGAACGUUACCAAAGAAAUUUCGGAAUUUCGCGAAAUGGGAGGAAAGAAAGCGCUUGCCUCAUAUUUUUACCCUUCGCAACUAGAAAGCGAAGAAACAUUUAAUAAAGACAUGAAAAAUUCCCUUGAAGGGGAUGUGGAAAUUUUUUUGCUGCCUCCGAUCUCCAAACGGCGCACCUCUCUGCGUAUCCGAGUGAGUUACCGCGAUAUGCCCAGCGAUGUGGUUUUCCGCUGUCUGCAGGAAGGGCUGCACGAGCUGGCCGACCCCAACGCGCUACCGUCCAUGAGAACUUACGCCGAACGCAAUUACGAGAAUUAUGUGCUGAAAGUGUGUGGUCGAGAGUCGUUCUUCUUACGAGGCAGCCCUUUCAUUCAGUAUAAGUAUAUUAGAAAUAAUCUUGUCUACAAGCGAGCAAUCAAGUUGACGUUAGUCUGGAGGGAGGAUCUUUUGAAUGCCCUGGACCCAUCUCCAGUUUCCCUGCCCAGCAUUGCACGUAGACCACUUCCGGUGCCCGUCGUGAAAACGCAAAAUUCUACGUGGCAUUGUGAUAGAAAAUUCUCCGUGAAACCUACUGGUGUGAUGAAGCUUGCCGGAACGGGCGAAAAGCUGUUCGUGCGAGCUGGCUUAUAUUGGGGAACGGAACCUCUCUGCCCAGCUCUUGAUACGGAGCAGAAGCCUUUUAACGAUCCCCGCUGGAAAGAUCCGUUGAACUUUGACAUCAAAAUCAGCGAUAUUCCCCAGGCUGCCAAAUUGUGCAUUGCUGUUUGUGCCACUCUACCACGCAAACGGAAGGACAGAGGCGCCGAAGUAGGAAACACCUUAGCAGCGCCCUCCGCUGCUGUUGGACGCUCUGCGUCGUUGUCUCGCCCGAAAAAAGAGCAAAUGGAUUAUGUUGCGUUAGCAUAUGCUAACAUAAACGUGUUCAAUUGCCGGGGAGAAUUGCUAAACGAUCAGCUUACCAUAGGAUUAUUUCCCACCUCCCGGGACUUUACGCAUAUUCUUAAUCCCUGUGGUGUGACGGGUUCAAAUGCCAAUAAAGAUUAUGGAUAUUUGACCUUGCGUUUUGAACAAGCUGCUUUGGUAUACCCGUUGCACGCAGCCGUAUUAGCUUGUGCUGGAACGCCAACCGAAGUUUUUCCACCGGAAAAUGUGGAGAAUCUUAACGCGGAUGAACUCCAAGCCCUUCGAUUACUGGCGAAAAAGGAUCCGCUGUAUGACCUGAGCGAACAGGAAAAGGAGAUGUUAUGGCGUUGUCGAAAAAAUUGCCCGGAAGUUCCAGAGUGUCUUCCAAAGUUACUAAGUGCGGUGCGUUGGUCGAAUCGUUCAGAAGUGGGAGAGUUGUAUGCUCUGUUAACCCAGUGGCCAUUUGUACCACCAGUAGUUGCCCUUGAACUCCUGGACUGUAAAUAUCCCGAUUCUGAGAUCAGAAAGUUUGCCAUACGAUCUUUGGACCGUGGGUGUACGGACUCAGAAUUGGAGCGUUAUCUCCUGCCUCUUGCUCAAGUGUUGAAAUACGAGCAGUAUCUCAGUUCCCCCAUCGCCGAAUUUCUCCUUCGUCGGGGGCUUCAGAACAGGCGUAUUGGGCAGCUGCUGUUUUGGUUGUUGAAGGCCGAAAUGCACGACAACUUUGUUUUUCAAAGAUUUGGUUGCAUUCUUGAAGCGCUGUGCCGUGGUAGUGGCGCUUACACCAAAGCACUCUGUCGGCAAGUGGCUGCCUUGAAUAAACUACGGGAUCUCAGUACGGCUGUGGUGCAAGGCGAGGAAGGAAAGAAAUACGUUAUGGAACAGUUGAAAGUAGAUGAAAAUAUCGCCUGCCUCCAGUGUUUUCCAUCCCCGCUUGACUGCGACGACACACUAGGCGAUUUAAUUGCCGCGGAGUUCAAAGUUCUCGGAUCUGCGAAACGUCCGUUGUGGCUUGUGUGGCACAAUCCGGAUCCCUUGGCAGAUUUGUUUUACACUAAACAUGCCAUUAUCUUCAAAAAUGGUGAUGAUCUCCGGCAAGAUAUGCUUACGCUGCAGGUUAUGGCGUUAAUGGACAAUAUCUGGCAGACCGAAGGAUUGAAUUUACGAUUGAUACCUUAUGGAUGUCUUCCCUCAGGAAAGAACAUGGGUGUAAUUGAAGUCGUGCGUAAUUCAAAAACUGUCAUGGCCAUUCAGAAACAGAAGGGCGGUAUGCGAGCAACUAUGCAGGUGGAUAAUUUUGCUGUUUUUAAAUGGUUGAAAGAAAUGAAUCAAGGUACAUCGCAAUAUGAGAGAGCUGUGGAUAAUUUCACCGCCUCUUGUGCUGGAUAUUGCGUGGCCACUUUUAUCCUGGGAAUCGGCGACCGGCAUCCGGAUAACAUCAUGGUGACCGAAUCCGGUCAAAUGUUCCAUAUUGAUUUUGGACAUUUUCUUGGCCAUUUCAAAAAAAAAUUCGGAAUAACUCGUGAGCGGGUGCCGUUUGUUUUGACACGCGACUUUAUUAAUGUAAUUGCGAAGGGUUCCGAGUAUCCAGAGCGUACAACGGAGUACGGCCGAUUCAAGCAGCUGUGCUGCAAUGCGUACAAGAUAAUGCGACGUAACGCUAAUUUGCUCAUUACACUUUUUGCCAUGAUGCUCUCUACCGGCAUUCCAGAACUGCAGUCACUGGAGGAUGUGGCGUAUUUACGUAAUACGUUGGCUGUAGACAAAACGGACGAGGAAGCGAUGAAUUACUUCGUGGAAAAACUGAACGAAGCGUUCGUGGAUGCGUGGACCACCAAAGUUGACUGGUUUUUUCAUGGAGUUAAGCAUUUGAAUACUUGACUGUGAUAAAUUUAAAUGUUUUUGAUUGCGAUAUUUUCUCAAAGACAGUUAUUGCUGCUAUGAUGCAACUUGUAUUACCGUAAUGGAUAAGUUAUUUUGGGUGACAGGAUUUUUGGAUUCAAUUUAUUUUUUGAGUAUUUUGUAGUUUAUUCUUUUGCCAACCGGUGGAUGUAUUUUAUUUUUGAUUUUUCCCCGUCCAUAUUUGCCUGUUUUGUUCUGGAGUUUUCGGUAUUUGUUUGUUCAGACUGCUGCGUGUACAAGUUUAUUUAUGGCAAUCCAAAUUAAAAACCGUAUCG